AUGCCUCUCUCGCUGCACGAGGCCCUGCAGAAUCCCAGGAUUCUGCGAGACCUUCAGCUGAACCCUAAGACUUUCAAGUUUCGCGAGGACGUGGAGCUGAAGAUCGCCGGAGAGAGCUCAGCUUUCAUGAACUUCCGACCGGAUCCUUUCAUGGAGGGUCGGAGCAUAAUGGGCGGACCUGUGGGAAAGCUGGUCACCCACUUAGCCAAGGCUCUGAAUUUCACGUGGUACCCGGUGCGGCCGGCUGAUGGAACCUUUGGCUCGAAGAUGCCAAACGGAAGCUGGUCCGGAGUCAUGGGAUUAGUCAACAGAGGGGAGGCAGAUAUGGGCUUCGGACCUCUACUGAUGUCACUUCAGAGAAGCGAAGGCGUAGACUUCAGUGACACGCUGAUGUUUUUUAAUUUCAAAGUGAUGUCCGGCAGAGGAAGCCCCGAGUUGAACCCCUGGGGCUUCCUGUACCCCCUUACCCCCGUGGUGUGGUUGGGCCUCUUUAUUGCCUUGGUGUGCGUGUGGCUGGCGUCGGUGCUGCUGGUUCACCAUGCCUUGAGGUCCACGUGGUUCGAUCGGGUGGUUCGCCAGUUCACCACCUGUCUCCGCGUUCUCCUGCGCCAAGAUCUCCCCAAGGGGUUUUCCCACGGGCGUGAAAUGACCUUGGUUGGCAGCUGGAUGAUGGUGACCAUGAUCGUCAUUAUGGGCUAUUCAAGCACUCUGGUCUCGCUUCUGGCCGCCAGGAACAUCCCGCAGCCGAUUCAGUCUCUGGCGGAUCUUGUUGACUCCGACAACGUUGUUAUCCUGAAACCGGACAGCGGAUCGACGACUUAUGUCCUUCCAACGAUGGGCUUCGAAAGCUCGACGUCGGGCAUCUACAAAGAACUGGGGGACCUGCGCCUCGUGAAUAGGAUGGCCUUCAUCAAGUCGAAGGACAGAGACACGGCGCUCGACACCCUGGUCCGCGGCGGCCUUCACUCCUUUUAUGAUGUGGAUUUCAGCCUGUCUGAGCUCAUAUCGGAUGACUUCUCCAAAUUAGGGCGCUGCGAUUUCUACCUGAGUCGCGAGUCCAGCCUGGCGAGGCCGGCGAGCGUGGGCGUGACCCCAGGGAGCGCCAUCCUUCCGGCCCUCAACCACAGGAUCCACGACGUGCUGGCGGCCGGCCUCUUCGACUAUUGGAUGGCGCAGGCCAUCAGAAACUCGACCAUCUGCCGGAAGGCGCCCAACACCAUCACUGUGCGGGCGCCUCUCUCCCUCAAGGUCUGCUGGGGAAUGUUUACCGUGUGGGCGGUCGGGCUGCUCUUGGCCCUGCUCACCUUCAGCCUAGAAAUCGUAGCUGCCAACGCCGUCAAAGGCCGCGCUCCACCCUCAUCGGAAAAUCUGGAGUGA